AUGAAUAGGCCUGUGAUAGUGACGAUUAAGGCUGACAGUUUAGUGAUAGUAGGUAUAUUGAGUGGAAUCAUGGAUGUGGGUGGGAUAUUUAUAGUUAAGAGAAAGCCAGCUACAGGGAGCACUUUCCUUCAUUCCUACCAGAAGCUGAUUGAGUAUUAUAAGAAUGGGGACCUCUCCUACAAGUACGUGAAGACAUUUAACAUUGACAAGUAUGUGGGCCUCCCAUGUAACCACCCUGAAAGCUACCAUUCCUUCUUCAAGCACAUUGACAUUUGCCCUACAAACUCCCAUAUCCUGGAUGGGAAUGCAGCUGAUCUGCAGGUGGAAUGUGAUGCUUUUGAAAAGAAUAUUAAGGAAGCUAGAGAAAUUGAGCUUUUUAUUGGAGGUAUUUGCCCUGAUGGGCACAUUGCUUUCAGUGAGCCUGGCUCAAGCCUGGUGUCUAGGACUGAAGCAAAGACUCGAGCUAUGGCUACCAUCCUGGUCAAUUCCCAGUUCUUCACCAGAGAACUCUCAAAAGUCUCCACAAGGGCUCUGACUGUGGGUGUGGGUACAGUCAUGGAUACCAGAGAGGUCACAAUCUUAAUUACAGGGGUCCACAAGGCAUUUGCACUGCCUAAAGCCAUUAAGGAGGGGAUGAGUCACAUGUGGACUGUGUCUGCCUUCCAGCAGCACUCCUGUGCAAUAUUUUUGUUUGAUGAAGAUGCAACACUAGAGCUUAAAGUGAAACCUGUUAAGUAUUUCAAAGGACUGAUCUUUGUUCAUAACAAGCUAGCGGAACUACUGUGCAGUAUGAAGGAAACAGAGGAAAGCCAGUCUUCCAAGAAACCAAAUAGUGAUUAA